AUGGCCACUUCCCCCAAAGAGAGCAGGAAAAAGGUGCUUGAGGGCAUAUUUGCCGUCAACAAGACUCAAUGGGCAUCCUCAGCAGGCGUGCUACGCGACCUGCAGGAGCACUUUGCUCGUUCCUCACUCCUCGCGCCUUGGCUUGAGAGCCAAAAACGGUCACUUAUCCUGUCCCACGCAAAACAGAAGCAUAUCAAUAAUCUCAAGGUAAAGCUGGGUCAUGGCGGCACUCUUGAUCCAAUGGCUACUGGUGUCUUGAUUGUCGGGCUGGGAAGAGGCACAAAGUGUCUGCAGCGUUUUCUGGAAUGCACAAAGACAUACGAAUGCGUCGUGCUAUUUGGUGCUGCUACAGACAGCUACGACGCUGUUGGAAAGAUAGUUAGCAAGGCGCCAUACGAACAUGUCACAAAGGAGCUGGUAGAAGAGAAACUGGCGCAGUUCCGUGGCAAGAUUAUGCAGAAGCCAAGUGUCUUUUCAGCGCUCAAGGUCGACGGCAAGAAAAUGUAUGAAUACGCAAGAGAGGGUAAGGAGAUACCCGAGGUAGCUGCGCGACCCGUGGAAGUGGAGGAGCUAGAGCUUGUUGAGUGGCUGGAACCAGGAAGCCAUGAGUACGCGUGGCCAAAGGACGAGGUCGAUGGUGUCGAGAUGGAAGGCGCGAAAAAGCUACUUGGCAUUAGAGAGGAAGAUGCAAAGAUCCAUGCCAAUACCAUGGCGAGGAAGGGACGAAAACGAUCGCGUUCUCCCGAGAGCGAUGGCGUAGAAGGCGCCGGAAAGCAGCCAAAGAUGCCCAAGUCAGAGACAGAACUAGCCAUAUCUGGUGCUUUACCAUCACAAGAUACGCCAGCAGAGGCGGCCGAGACCACCCAGGAUGAGACUACGCAAGCCGCUACUAAUUCAGCACUACCGACAGAAGAAAAGCCAGAGCCCACAUCCGAGCAGACAGAGAUAGCAGAUCAAGGACAGCCAUCAAACGAGGAAUCUACCACAUCCGCACAGUCACCACCACAACCUCCAGCAGCCCGGCUCCGCAUGACCGUCACAUCAGGCUUCUACGUCCGCUCCCUCUGUCACGACCUCGGCCUCGCCUGCUCCUCCCUAGGCCUCAUGUCCUCACUAAUCCGCUCACGCCAAGGCGCCUACACACUCGGCCAAAACGUGAUUGAACUCUCUGACUUCGAGUCCGCCGAGAAAUGGGAACCGCAGCUACAGCAGCAGCUGGAAGAAUUCAUGGAAAAAGAAGGGUGGGAGGCCGAAGAGCUAGAAGAUGACGAGACGUGGCAGGAGAAGAAAAAGGAGCGGUUGAGUGAGAGGAAAGACGAGGAUCGCGAGAGGAGCUAUCGUGGUGGUGGUGGUGGUGGUGGGGGCGGCAAGAAUAAGUGGAACAAGGGUAAAGGCAAGUACUCGCGGAAUCAGUACUCCAAGAACAUGGAUGGCGGGAAGAAGGAAUAG